AUGAAAAAGCACCGCUUGGGUAAAGCGUGUGCGCUGCAGGUGGGGCGGCGAGGCCUGCUGGACCGAGGGCGUUUCUCUCCCAGUGAUGAAGAGAAGGGCCUCAAAAACAUGUCUGGGGCUUCAGAUCACACCCGAAGGAAGGGGAAGGACCUAGGAAAAAGCAUCCUGUGUGGCAAGAACCGGGAGAGUUUCCCUGAGGAACCUCCGGUGAUAGCAGCUCUAGAAUGGGAAGGAGAGCAGGCGGAGCCCUGA